UGGUCCAACAAAGCCAACUACAUAAAAUUUAGAAAUUCCAAUCUAUAAAUAUUGAGCCAAUUCAAUUCUCAACCCUCAACUCUAAUUAUCAUUUUUCAUAUUAGCAAGGCUAAUUAGUUAGCUAAUUACGAUGAGUUCCAUAAGUUUGAGCCAGGAAUUUACAAGUCCAGUUGCUGCAGACAGGUUGUUCAAGGCCUUGAUCAUAGACUCCCACAAUCUCAUCCCCAAGCUCAUGCCUCAGGCCAUCAAGAGCAUCGAAAUCAUCCACGGCGAAGGCGGCGCAGGAAGCAUCAAGCAGAUCAACUUUGCUGAGGGUACGCGUUAUAAGUACAUGAAGAACAGAAUAGACGCACUGGACGUGGAUAAUUUGGUGUGCAAGUACACUCUGAUUGAAGGAGAUGUAUUGGCGGACAAGAUUAAGUCCAUUUCUUAUGAGGUAAGCUUUCAAGCUUCCCCUAACGGCGGAUGUACUUGUAAGAUGAUGAGUGAGUACAACGCCGCCGGUGACUUGGAGAUCAAUGAGGAAGAAAUCAGGGGUGGCAAAGAAAGAGCAAUGGGCAUGUACAAAGUUGUUGAAGCUUACCUCUUCGAAAGUCCCGGGGCUUACGAAUAGUUGCAGCAGCCUCGGCUGCAUUUUCGUGUAAAGUUGUCGCGGGGCGGGCUUAUAUGUGAAAACCUCUUUCUAUUUUCCGUCAUUCUGUCACGGGCUUAUAUGUGAAAAACCCUUUUUAUUCUC